AUGUCGUUCCCCGAGUACGGUCAAUUCCCGAACGCCCAGCAAGAGGGUGCUCCAGGUUCAGGUCCUCCCCCUCAGGAUGGACCUGCUCCAGGACAGCCGACCGACCCCUCUGCUCCGCAGCAGAUGUCCUUCCCGACUCCUGAUGGGGGUGCGGCGCCGCAGAAUGGCCAAAGUGCGGAUGGCAAGACCACUCUCUGGAUGGGUGAGCUUGAGCCCUGGAUUGACGAAAACUUUGUGCGCAAUCUCUGGUUCCAAAUGGGUGAACAAGUCAGCGUCAAGAUGAUCCGCGACAAAUUCUCAGGCAGCAAUGCCGGGUACUGUUUCGUCGAUUUCUCCUCCUCUCAAGCUGCCGCCAAGGCUCUCCAACUCAGCGGUCAACCUAUGCCAAAUUCAAGCCGUCCGUUCAAGCUUAAUUGGGCUUCUGGCGGUGGACUCCAGGACCGACGCGACGAUCGCGGGCCCGAGUACUCUAUCUUUGUUGGCGACCUCGGUCCUGAAGUCAACGAGUAUGUUCUGGUCUCGCUCUUCCAGAGCCGCUUCCCCUCUUGCAAGUCGGCCAAGAUCAUGACCGACCCUCUUUCCGGCAUGUCUCGUGGCUAUGGUUUUGUGCGUUUCUCCGACGAAGGCGACCAGCAGCGUGCUCUUAAUGAGAUGCAAGGUGUCUACUGCGGUAAUCGCCCGAUGCGCAUCUCGACCGCGACCCCAAAGAACAAAGGAGGACCAAUGGGAGGCAUGAACAUGGGUAUGCCAGGCGGUGGUGCUCCGAUGGGCUAUCCACCAAUGGGUCAACCACCUAUGCCAUUCUAUGGUGGUCAACAACAGCAGCCGCAGCCCAUGAAUCAGUUCACCGACCCGAACAACACCACUGUGUUUGUCGGAGGUCUGUCCGGCUAUGUUACCGAAGACGAGCUGCGCUCUUUCUUCCAAGGAUUCGGAGAGAUCACUUACGUCAAGAUCCCGCCUGGCAAGGGCUGUGGCUUCGUCCAAUUCGUCCAACGACAUGCUGCGGAAAUGGCUAUCAACCAGAUGCAAGGCUAUCCCAUUGGCAAUUCUCGAGUCCGCCUGAGCUGGGGUCGCAGCCAGAACAAUUCCGGUCCCGCCGGCACCCCGUACCGCCCUGCGCCGCCUCCACCCAUCUAUCCUGGUGCGAUGGGCGGCAUGCCUCCUGCUCACCAGUACGGCAGCUAUGCGCCGAUGAAGGUCGGUUUCAGUCCAGGCCCUACUCCCCCACAGGGACCAUACUGA